AUGGUUAUCAGCUUGCUCUCCAGUGUCUCCUCGAUUCGCCGAGCCCUCCUCAGUAGUCGCCCCCAAAACCUCCUGCUUCCGGCCAGAACCAACAUUGGCGCGCGACCAAGCCCUUCAUUCUCAUCGCGGACACUGACGAUCAAGUCGUUUAAUAAGACCUUGUAUACCCCUCUGGCCGAAUACGACCCGGAAAUGCAGAAAAUCAUCGACGAUGAGGCUUACCGUCAAUUCUCGGGCUUGGAAUUGAUUGCAUGCGAAAACUUGACAUCUCUUGCGGUCAUGCAGGCCAAUGGCUCAAUCCUCACUAAUAAAUACCCGGAGGGAUUGCCUGGUGCUCGCUACAAUGGCGAACAUGCCGAUAAACUUCAGACUCUUUGCCAACAACGCGCUCUGAAGGCUUUUCGACUGGACCCCAAGGUUUGGGGCGUUAACGUACAGCCAUAUUCUGGAUCGACUGCCAACUUUGCGGCAUACACAGCAUUGAUUGAACCACAAGACCGAAUCAUGGGUCUAUCUGUCUCAGACGGAGGACAUCUAACGCAUGGCCACUACUCUGCUCAACAUAAAAUCUCAGCCUCAUCGAUCUAUUUCCAAUCGUUCCCUUACAGACUGAACCCGGAGAGCAAGCUGAUCGAUUACGACUACCUAGAACAGACCGCUCAGCAAGAAGCUGGCUCGACACAUCUCAAGGAUUUCCUGCUUCCUGCUACUCAGGGCGAUGGGCACGGAAGACAACUCCUGAAGCAGUUGCAUCAUGACGUUGCCCUAUUCAGUCAGAAGUUCGGUCUACCAGGUGUUGACGUUAAUCAGAUCAAAUCACCCGUGUGA